GUUGGCCCACAUCCACGGCCUUGACCAGUGUGCUUCAAGUUUUUCUCUACCCUGGUUGGGUCGAGAGACAAGGAAGAGAAGACGUACUGUGCUUAACGAGCCGCCCGUCCAUUCCCAGCUGGCCCUGCUCUCCACUCACCUCUCGUUGAGCAUUUGGCUUGCCCAUUCAUACAUAGCGCACACUCCCGCCCACCACACCCACAUAGUCCCGGUCUACUUUCCUUUCUCUUACCACUCACCGUUUGUCCAUUCCAGUCUCUCGUUUGCGCCCAAUACUCCCUUCAUCUCUCGUGCUCCCGUACAUUGCGCCGACUGUCGGUCGCGCGAGCUCAGCUUGUUCACUGCUUGUCUACGGGACUCUCAACUGCGACGGCGCGUCGAAUCGAGACCGCCACCCGCUGUUGUUUAUUUGCGACUGGGAGACCUCCACAAAUCCCGCGGCGGUGACAACAAUAAACGGCCAUCGCCAUUUAUGACGACCAUAACCAUAACCACGACAACGACUCUCGUCUAAGACAUACUUUCCUUGUUUUAUUACCGUCUAUCACAUACCAAACUCGACGACAGGCGAUCGAACAAUCAACACGCUUUCUUGUAUUUUCGUCUAUUUCCCUGGAAAGUAUUGGCGCGCGCACAAAUAAACAGUCUGUCGCAUCCUGUCGCGCUUAAACCUUCGGCUCGAUCUUAUACUUUGCAACUCAUCCGGCGCCUGAAAGCACAUCGCCGAAAACCUUGUCGAUAACUUCGAGCUCAGUAUCGUUUAAGUUGCUGUGCGACAUCUUGACGAGAUCUAAGACAGCGCUGUCGCAUCCCGAAACAUUCGCCUCGACUCGUUCUGUGCUCAAACCGCCCCGCUUAUCGCUGCUCUCCCUCGAAUACUUAUACCACCAUUUCGGAGUUCACGCGACUCUGGAGCGCAUUCGCGUUCCUUGUGACCCGCCAUGUCGCACUUCCAAUCUCUCGCGGCCCCUUGGCCGAGAAGCGCGCGCCGUGAGGACCUCCCUAGAACGCCCGAGCCUGCUCUAAAUGGCGAGACUCAACCACCAUCCCCACCGCGACCCCGAUUCCGAGUCAAGAGGAGGAAUGCAUCAAAUCUCAAUGCGCCCACAGAGCAGUUUCUCGCGUCGGUUGCCGCUGCAGACAUCCCUAUUCCCAGUAUCGAGGAGCCUCGUGUACUUGACGAGGAGAUGGCAGAGACACUAUACCCGAUGUCACAUUUCAACAACAUGGACGAUAUACCCUUCACACCCCACGGUGGUUCAGAGCGCAUGUUUUCGCCUCCAAAAACUCCUGCUCCAGACCUAUUACCAACUUUGACCACCAAACAAUAUCCAAACUGGUCUAUCGAUUCUACUCUCAGUAGCCUCGAAUCUAGUCCCGAUUAUGAGUCCAGCCGGCCUUCAACAGCUCAUUCGACACACACGAGUGCUUCCCUGCUGAGCUACUUUUCUAUCAGCUCUGAGGAUUUGAGUCAAUGCAUCAGCCCAGAUAAUGAGCACGCAGAUCUUGCGAACGAGCUAUCAAAUGCCGACGACAAUAGUAAAACUCUCAAGCCUGCCAAAACGGAGGUUCCUCGAGAUACCAUUCGAAGAGCACCCUGGACGAAACCUAUGAACCAGCACCUAUGGUCUACCUAUAUGAUGUACUUGCAAGACCCCAAGGUCACGCCCUUCCGUAUCGGGAAGAGCGGCAUCCCUCCUCAUGGAGUCUGCUUGCGUGUGGCUCGAGAGGCGAGGAGGAGUUGGAAGGGGUCAAAGGCUCAGACAAAUAUUGAUCUCAGUAGUGGGAGCAUCACACCCACCCAAGGAGCUGCUGGUCCAUAUGUUCAGUGGCCUCAUACUUGUGCCGCCACUCGCGCCCAACUGCGGGAGCUUUGCAAGAUGAACGCCAGGUCUAAGGCGCGGGGUUCACAAUAUUUAGCUCCCAGCCCUUCUCCAUAUAACAAAUCCGCAGUUCGUUAUUGGAAUCGUCGAACAGUCCUCGGUCGCUCCCCCUCGGUCUUCUCAGGUCAAGAUAUGGCAAUGUCAUUGGCGGUUAGCACUUCUGAUUCUAUGCAACUGCAAGGUCCUCUGGCUCAAUUGACAAACUCGCAACCUGAGCCUCAAAUCGACGAACUUUCGCUGCCUCCACCAAGUCACGAGACGUUGGAGCCAGUUGAAAUAAAGUACGCACAACUUGCGUCUCCCUUUGGAGCGCGAAGCUACGGCCCUAGCUCAUCAAGCUCGCUACCCCCAAACUUCGUUGUGGAUUCUAAGUUGCAGAGACAAACUCACACAGGCGGCCCGCGCCGCGCUCUCAUGUCUCCGGUCCGACUUACACGUAGCCGAUCAACCCACAAGCGCCGGUCCAACCAUCUAGAGGCUCGGAAGAUUAAGCGACCCAGUCUCGGCUCCGAUCUUUGGGUUGACCCAGCCUCAAUCGUUGACUUAUCAGCCACCAAUGACCAGUUCGCAACGCCUCAGACUGAACCUGAGAUAGACUCUGACGUCGUUGUCCCACGCAAGAAUCUCCAACAGCUGUUCGAAGCGUCGCAGCCACUAGCUGCUCAGCAGCAAACGCUGGCCCCUCCAGUUGGAGACGUGCCCCCUCGACUAGGCUCACCUUUCGCUCUUGGAGGACCUAGUUUUUCCUUCCCGAGUCGCCUGUCACAUGGAGCUGCCAACGACCCCGACGCUCUUCGCCGGCCGUUCGCAACCGUCCAACAAUCUAGCGAAGGCAACCACGGAGUUACCCGAUCAUCGCUAGCAAGCCGACUGGCUUAUAUCGACGAAAGACUUAAGGAUUUCCGUCGUCGAGACCAACCACGUCGACGUUCCGAGUCACCGCUUUAACACACCUCAUUUGUGUUUUUUACUUUUCUUUAUACAUUCCACAAGGUUAUGUCACCUGACGAGUUUUAUGAGUUCAUGGAUACCGACACACCCAUCGAUCAAAUCUUAUUGGGACCGCGACUCAACAUUUGCAUAUGCAUCUAGACAGCAGCAGUCUAUCUGACGAUAGCCUUCAUUUUCUGGUUUCCUUCUGCUUCUACACUUUGCUUCACCUUUCUAUACGCUGGGAUUCCCCAGCACGCAGGCGAGCGUCUCUGCUCACCGCGUUUUCUACCUCGACAAUCGCCCAACGACAUAACUUGUCAAUUUCCUUUCAAUUCUUCCCCAGACGGGAUGAUUUUUCAACAAUUCAUGAUGAUAUGAUGGAACGAACAGCAUGCAGGCCAAACAGAGCCUUACGUUUGCCGUGUUAUUUUUUACCCUUGCAAUUGAGUAAAACAGACAUCCCCAUACAUGGGGAUGUUGUGACGAGAGACACGAUUGAGCUCCUUGUGGGCCCGAACCAUGAAGAUGUAUCAAGCUUGGACGAAUGAUGCAAUGGAACUUAAUAUCCAUAGAACGAGCAACGAUCUGAAUGAUGUCAAAAAAAUACUUUUCAUAAAUAAACCGUCCAUCGAAAGUGAACAUAGAUGUUAUUCUUGAGUAAAAUGGAAUGAGAUAGUUGAAGAGUCCAUGAUGUUUGAUUAUUCUCUUGUUAUGAUAGGAUGUCUUGUCGUUAUGUACAUUAAAUACUAUUUUACAAAGAAUAUUAUCUUGUUCUUAAGACUCG